AAGUCGGACAUUUCCAAGUUUCCUAGUUCCGACAAGCUUGUGAACGCGGCAUAAUAGCCCAUCCGCCAUUGUGGAAUAGAGUAAGGGAUAUUCCAAUCUGGCAGUUUCAGAGUAAGUGAUACAUUGUAACCGAACGUCAACUAGAUCGGAAACAUUUAAUACCACAGACAGAUACAAAGUCGCGAUCCUCGGCGCUCGAGAAAAUAUUGCAGGGAAAGAUCUGACGACUGGAGAAAAACACCGCCUCUACAUACAGAGAUUGGAUAACCCGAGACGAGCUGAGAAAAAUACCGGAGUGCAGAAGCAGGAGAAACCGUGGACAGUCGCAAACAGAAAUCCGUUUCGGCUCCUGGAGGAUGUCUGCAACCACAGUCGAUCAGAGACCCAAAGGACAAGGAAAUAAAGUGCAAAACGGAUCAAUGCAUCAGAAGGAUGGAGUAAACGAUGAAGACUAUGAACCUUACCUAAGCAGCCAGACAAAUCAGAAUAACAGCUACCCACCAAUGUCCGACCCCUACAUGCCCAGCUACUAUGCUCCCUCCAUAGGCUUCCCUUACUCCCUGGGAGAGGCGCCCUGGUCCACUGCAGGGGACCCCCCCAUGCCCUACUUGACCACCUAUGGACAGAUGAGCAAUGGCGAGCACCACUUUAUCCCUGACGGAGUGUUCAGCCAGCCAGGCGCCCUGGGCAAUACCCCUCCCUUCCUCAGCCAGCAUGGCUUCAACUUCUUCCCUGGAAACGCAGACUAUUCCACCUGGGGCACCAGUGUCUCUCAGGGCCAGUCCACACAGAGCAAUGCCUAUAGUAAUAGUUAUGGUUACACCCCUAGUUCCCUGGGGAGGGCCAUAACUGACGGACAGGCGGGCUUCAGCAGUGACGCCCAGCUCAGUAAGGUCCCGGUGCUGAGCAGCAUCGAGCAGGGCAUGACUGGGUUAAAACUGGGAACGGACAUGGGCGCCGCCGUCACCAAGACUGUCGGCUCGCCCCUCGGGGGCAUGAGUAGCAUGGCGGCCAAUAGCAUGCCACCGUUGGUUAGUUCCUCAGCCCCCAAACCCACGUCCUGGGCGGCCAUCGCCAGGAAGCCGGCCAAGCCCCAGCCCAAGGUCAAGCCCAAAGCCACCAUGGGGAUGGGGGGCCCUACCAUUCCCCCGCCGCCCAUCAAGCACAACAUGAACAUUGGCACCUGGGACGAUAAGGGCUCCCUCAACAAGCCCCCCUUAGCUCAGACCAUGAUGCCCCCUCAGACCAUGGUGCAGCAGACCCUGAUGGGCCAGCCCCUGCUGCAGAGCCCUCUGCCCCACCAACAUCAGCCCCAACAUCAGCCCCAACAUCAGCCCCAACACCAGCACCAACACCAGCAGCACCACCAACCCUUUCAGCUGCAGUCGCUCCAGCCCCCACACCCCCACCAACACCCCCACCCCCACCAGAACUUUUCCUCCCAGCCCGGCCACCCUCAACCCAUGCAUCAACACCAACACUCCCAGCUCCCACCCCAGAACCGCUGGGUGGCUCCUCGGAACAGGGGCACCUUCAACCAGGGAGGGGCGGAAGGCUUUGGGAUGGGUGUUGGUGGGGUCUCCCUCAGUGCCUCUCCCUGCUCCGGGGAGGUGCACCCCGUGUUAGAGAAACUGCGGGCCCUCAACAACUACAACCCCAAAGACUUUGACUGGAACCUGAAGAACGGCCGUGUGUUCAUCAUCAAGAGCUACUCUGAGGACGACAUCCACCGCUCAAUCAAAUACUCCAUCUGGUGCAGCACCGAGCACGGCAACAAGCGCCUGGACGGGGCCUACCGCUCGCUGGGGGCCAAGGGGCCCCUCUACCUGCUGUUCAGCGUCAACGGCAGUGGUCAUUUCUGCGGCGUGGCGGAGAUGCGCUCGCCUGUGGAUUACAACUCCUACGCAGGCGUUUGGUCUCAGGACAAGUGGAAGGGCAAGUUUGAGGUGAAGUGGGCGUUUGUGAAGGACGUGCCCAACAACCAGUUGAGGCACAUCAGGCUGGAGAACAAUGACAACAAGCCCGUCACCAACUCCAGGGACACUCAGGAGGUGCCUCUGGAGAAGGCCAAGCAAGUGCUUAAAAUUAUCGCAACUUUCAAGCAUACCACCUCAAUCUUUGAUGACUUUGCACAUUAUGAGAACCGCCAGGAGGAGGAAGAAGCCCUGCGGAGGGAGCGGAAUAGAAAUCAACAGUAAACAUACAGAGAACUCCCUGCUAGAAGGCAAACACUAAUGACAUAGGACCUUAAAUAAUUAGCCUAACCACACGGAAACUAAGGGUUUUGCCAUCUUUUCUGCUGAAGACAACAACAACAAGACGACGACGUCGUAUCUCGUGACUUGAACACGACGACGGACUCGCCUGUAUCAGUUCUCUGGUGAUGUACCCCAGUGUUCCUGUCUGGGGGAAAGGAAAGAACUUUACUCACUUUAAACUCUCUUCUAAAACAGCCUCUACCAAUACCCUGAACUCUCUAAUAACUCUCUUCUAAAACAGCCUCUACCAAUACCCUGAACUCUCUAAUAACUCUCUUCUAAAACAGCCUCUACCAAUACCCUGAACUCUCUAAUAACUCUCUUCUAAAACAGCCUCUACCAAUACCCUGAACUCUCUAAUAACUCUCUUCUAAAACAGCCUCUACCAAUACCCUGAACUCUCUAAUAACUCUCUUAAAGCACUUUCAGUCCUUCUAAAACAGCCUCUACCAAUACCCUGAACUCUCUAAUAACUCUCUUAAAGCACUUUCAGUCCUUCUAAAACAGCCUCUACCAAUACCCUGAACUCUCUAAUAACUCUCUUAAAGCACUUUCAGUCCUUCUAAAACAGCCUCUACCAAUACCCUUAACUCUCCAAUAACUCUCUUAAAGCACUUUCUCUCUGGACUUCUGUUUGUUAUAACUAACUGACUAACCAGUGUAGUUGCUUUUUCUGAGGCUUUCACCAGAUUAUUUGUCGUUUUUUGUUAAGUUUUUAAUACCUCCCAAAUUUUGGGGAAGAAAAAUGUAGUUCCCCUCCCCCCAUGAACUUCAGCACCUUCGGACAAGAUUCAAAAAGGUAGUUCCCCUCCCCCCAUGAACUUCAGCACCUUCAGACAAGAUUCAAAAAGGUAGUUCCCCUCCCCCAUGAACUUCAGCACCUUCAGACAAGAUUCAAAAAGGUAGUUCCCCUCCCCCCAUGAACUUCAGCACCUUCAGACAAGAUUCAAAAAUGUAUAAUGUGUAACAAAACCAUUUACUUGAAUCUGCACUCGGCUUGUGAUUGAUUGACAGGUGAGAGAAAUGACAGGACACGCCCAAAAUAAUGCCAAUCAUUAGACGAACCCGGCCCUUACUCCCGCCCCUUUAUUUCUGCAUCUGUUUCUGUGUAUCAAACGAUGAGAUGGAUGAUGUAGUGAGCUGGGUGAACGGCAGUUAAUGCACAUGUUUGUUUAAUUUCUCAUGAUUAUUAUGUAACUCUGAAGUGCAUUUGUCUGAGGAGAAAUCUGCUCUGCGGUAACAGUCGCCUUGGUAGCUGUCGCCUUGGUAGCUGUCGGUAACUUGUCUUUUAUUCUGUUGUUAAUGUACUGUACCGUACCUCAGGCUAAAGCUGGGGCCUGUUCAGGAGGCUUCAACGUUACACAACAUUCAGAUAGCAAAUGCAUUGUGUAGAGUAGAUAGGAUUCUCUGUUAUGUUGGGAAUCAGGGAAUCUUGUCAGCUCUAUAUAUUCUGUUUCCAUCUGCAACGUUGGGUAAUGUUUCACCUCACUGAGCAGGCCCCAGGCUCUCUGUCUCUGAAGAACUCUAUAACGCUUUUGGGAUGACCCUCCUCCCCUGGCGUUCCUGGCUCCAGGUAGAAGUUACCAUUAACCACAGAUCUGGGAUCAGAUACUUUACCCCACACCCUAACCUAAACCAUGAGGGGGAUGAAAGAUAUAUCUGAUCAUAGAUCAGUGGUUAGGAGUGACUUCAGCGCUGCCCAUUUGCUGCUUGGUGUAACAGAGGGGUUUCCUGAAAGCUGAACAUCACCAAGGAAGUGAGCAUUUUCUCCUCAAGGUGUCUCGCUAGCGAAAAUAAACAUUACCCAUGUUUAGUGAAA